AUGACCCUGGCAAGUAUUGCCAUGCCCAAAUGGGUCAGCUAUAGCCCAAGUGGCAAGCGCGAAUACUCCUAUGGCCUGCAUAGCCGUUGUUCAGCCGUGACCGCCACCUGCGUACCCUUUCCUCGAGCGAGCGAUUGCACAAAGGACCCGUCCUUCUGCAACAUGUGGAGGACAGUCGGGUUCCUCAUCUCCUUUGGCGUCGUGGUGGAACUCUGCACGAUUGUCUCCCUGGUCAUCAUCAUGGCUGGGGGCGUCCAGCGCAGAGCAGCAGGAUGGCAGGUCGCGGUUGGCAUUCUGGCCUUCAGCGCAGUCGUGCAAUGCGCAGGCAUGGCUAUUGUGGCAUUCCUCUUCAACCAUGACGAGCGCUUCUGGAAGGGCUGGCACCUUGACCAUUCUUGGUCGCUUUGCACUGCCAGCUGGUCCCUUCUGACCGUUACUGCCAUCGGCAUCGCAGCAUCUGCCAUCUACCUCCCCUCCGAAGGCGACUAUGAAGCGAUCCCCGACGGAUCUUAUGUGGAGCAAGACGAUCGGUUAAUCUCGCGCAUCGCAGCUUGGGACAACGGAUGGAAGGGCGGCGAUGCAGGCUCGGGCACGCAGUAUAGCUAUCAGCGCGAUCAGGAUGCGAUGAGUGUUACAAGUGUGGCGGCGAGUAGUCUGGCUCCAAGUAGUAGGAGGGGCACCGACAUCUAUGGCAGUCUGCCUGGCCCCCGAGGCAAUAUGCAGUAA